CUCCAUUUCUCAUUUCCAUAUCACAAUCUACCUACCUCACAACCAUGGCUAAUAGCUCAAUUUAUCAAAAUCUCUUCAUCACUCUCCUCCUCCUAUUCUCUAUCACUGCACCUUCUCUGGCCCAAACAUCUUUCAGGCCCAAAGCCCUUGUUAUCCCAGUCACAAAAGAUGCCUCCACUCUCCAAUACCUCACCCAAAUCAACCAAAGAACACCCCAAGUCCCAGUAAAACUUGUCGUCGAUCUCGGCGGCAACUUCUUGUGGGUCGACUGUGAAACCAACUACACCUCCUCAACCUACCGCCCAGCACGCUGCAAAUCCGCCCAGUGCUCCCUGGCCGGAUCCAGCAGCUGCGGCGAUUGCUUCUCAUCCCCCAAGCCCGGCUGCAACAACAACACUUGUGGCCUCAUCCCGGACAACACCAUCACCGGAACCGCCACCAGCGGCGAGCUCGCCCAAGACACUCUCUCAAUCCAGUCCACCAACGGCCUCACACCCGGCCGAAUCGCCACUGUCUCGAACUUCCUCUUCACCUGCGGGUCGACCUUCUUACUCAAAGGCCUCGCUAAAGGCACCACUGGCAUGGCCGGCCUCGGCCGGACAAAAAUCGCGCUGCCGUCGCAAUUCUCCUCCGCAUUCAGCUUCCACCGGAAAUUCGCGAUCUGCUUAUCUUCUUCAACCGGCGUUGUUAUCUUCGGAGACGAACCUUACGUUCUCCUCCCCAACGUCGACGCCUCCAAAGGCCUCUCGUUCACGCCGCUGCUAACCAACCCGGUGAGCACCUCCUCCGCGUUCUCACAAGGCGAGCCCUCCGCCGAGUAUUUCAUCGGCGUGAAAUCAAUAGUGAUUGACGAAAAAACGGUUACCGUUAACUCGAGUUUGUUAGACAUCAAUAGUAACGGCCUUGGUGGGACCAAGGUAAGCACGGUGGACCCUUACACGGUUCUCGAGGACUCUAUUUUCAAGGCGAUUACGAAGGCGUUUAUCGACGCGGCUGCUGCUAGGAACAUUAAGAGGGUGGCGGCGGUUAAGCCGUUUGAGGUUUGCUUCAGCGGUAAGGGCGUGGGGAGUACGCGGUUGGGUGCGGCGGUGCCUACGGUGGAGUUUGUGAUGCAAAAUGGUGUGACGUGGUAUGUUUUUGGAGCGAACUCGGUGGUAGAUGUGCAUAAUGAUGGUAGUGUUUUGUGUCUUGGGUUUGUGAACGGUGGGAAGAAUGCGAGGACUUCGAUUGUGAUUGGUGGGUAUCAGCUGGAGAAUAAUCUGGUGCAGUUUGAUUUGGCUUCGUCCAGAUUGGGGUUCAGUUCUUUGCUCUACGGAAGGCAAACCACGUGUGCCAACUUCAACUUCACCUCCACCGCAUAAUCGUGCCUUUGCCAAGAUUGCUUGGCGUGGUUAAUCUACUAUCCAUUUAUGGAUGCACUUUGAAUAAUUAAUUUGUGUUGUAAUACUACCAUUGAUUUUAUUUUCGUUAAUAAUAAAUAAUAAAUGGGUAUUAAAUUCAUGUA